UAGGAAUUAAAGGAUUUAUUUACAUUUCAAGACCUAUGUCUGCCCUCCGGCGGCCCCUGCUCCUUCGGUCCUCAUGGCCGUUGCCGGCCGUCGACGAAGAACAUCUUCUCGCCAUUGUUCGCAUAUUCACCGACAGCCGGCCAUCUUCUUCACCUGCGCUCGACUCUAUCAUCCAACCCCUACUUCUUCGCCUCACCCACCCCUCCUCCCUUCUCCGCGCUCUCUCCCUCCUCCCCUCUCCUUCCUCUGCUCCCCUCCUCUUCCUAUCGGCCAUCCGCCUCUGCUCCCCACUCGCCGACCACCGCGCCGCCGGAAAGACGCUAAAUCUUCUCCUCCGUUCCCGUAACCUCCGCCCCGCUGUUGACUUCCUCCUCUCCCUCCCUCACCCAUCUCCUAUCCUCCACGAUGCCCACUUCAACGCCUUAAUCCGCUCCCUCGCCCGAGCUGGCCAUCUCCGCCGUGCCCUCGAGCUUUUCCGGCUAAUGCCUGCGCGUGGAGUGGCAUACUCCGCUUUCUCAUUCAACUCCCUUCUUGCAGCUCUCCUCCACCGUGGUCGCACCCGCGCUUCUGUACACUAUUUCGACCUCAUGAUUCGUCUCGGCGUUGCACCCGAUCUCGUCACCUUCAACACUCUCAUCCGAGGCUUUUGCCUUAAUGCAAUGCUCCCUGAGGCUUUCAAUGUUUUCCACUCAAUGCACCGCCACCGGUGCGCUCCCGACGUUGUCACCUACAAUAUUCUUCUAGAUGGGCUCAUCCGGGCCGGGGAUGCCGAUGCUGCUCGUAAGUUGUUUGAUGAAAUGCAGAAGAGGAGCUCUGAGGUUGUUCCCAAUGUCGUUUCGUACACUACCCUUAUGCGCGGCUGCUGCAGCCGGUUUAUGGUGGACGAGGCCGUUGCGUUAUUGGGCAAGAUGGUGGAUGUUGGAUUGAAGCCGAAUAAGAUGACUUAUAAUACGCUCAUGAAGGGUUUUUGUGAGGCCGGGAAAUUGGAUUUGAUGAAGAGUAUUCUUGAUAAAAAUGUGGGUUUUAAGCCUGACAUUUGCACCUUUAAUACUCUGAUGGCUGCCCACUGCGAUGCUGGUAAUGUGGAGGAUGCGCUCAAGUUGUUUGACGGAUUGACUGAACUAGGUAUGAGGGCUGAUUCUGCUACUUACAGCACUGUUAUUAGGGGACUGUGCUCCACUGGGAAGUUUGAGAGGGCAGAGAUGUUGGUUGAUGAGCUCCAUAAGAAGGAGGUUUUCAGGAGGGCUGAUUCUUGUCGCCCCUUAAUGGCUGCUUAUAAUCCAUUGUUUGAGCAUUUGUGCAGCUGCGGGAAGACAGAUAAAGCUGGGAAAGUUAUUGGGCAGCUGCUUGAGAGAAGAGCUACUGUUGAUAUUGCUUCAUUCAGAACAGUUAUCCUAGGAUAUUGCAGGGAAGGAGCUUUUGUGAAGGGAUUCAAGCUUCUGGUUUCAAUGGUGAUGAGGGACCUGAAGCCGGAUUAUGAAUUGUGUGAAGAAUUGGUGAAGGGAUUCAUAUCAAAAGGAAAGAUUGGUUUUGCAUGGGAGGCUUUGAAGAGGAUGUUGCAUAGUGGUCACCGACCGAGUACAAAUUGUUUUCAUUCAGUACUGGCUGGGCUUUUGAAAAAGGAUGGUUAUGCAAAUGAAGCUGCUGAUUUGGUUUCUGUGAUGUUGGAGAGAAAGAUCCGUCAGAGUAGUGAUCUUUCAACUGAUGUUAUUCAGAAGCUUUUCAGAAAUGGUUUGAAUAAAAAAGCUUUCAUGAUUAUCGGGUUGCUUAAUGGCAAUGGGUAUUGCGUGAAAAUGGCGAAGCUAGUCUUUGUUCUUUGUCAAGAGAAGAAAUUCUUAGAAGCUCGAGGUCUUUUGUUGUUCGGUUUGGAGAAGAAAGAAAAUUUGGAUCUUCAAUGUAUAUGCAUGGUUGUGAAUGGGCUUUGUGAAAUUGAGAGAGCUUCAGAAGCUUUUGAUUUGUUUUAUAAUGUGGUUGAUGAGUAUGGUUCAAGUGGUAUUUCUAGCUGCAUGGACUUUUUAAUGCUUACUCUUGAGGGAGCUGGAAUGUUGAAAGAAGCAGAGUUUGUCUCUAAGCAAUUCAUGAAAACAAAUGUUGGAGAGAAACCCAACAUCAGUUGAGACUUGCCACAACUUGUUGAUCCAUUGCUACAAAAUGUUGCCUUGGAUAACUUGAUAGAAAUUUUCUUAUUGCUUGAAGCUAAGGAAAACUGAAGGGGGUAAUAGAAUGUUUGAACAUUCAUCCAAAUAGAUGCAUGCCCAUAAACAAAUUUGAAUUUGAUUUGUUUCUGAGCAGAACAGGUUAAAAGAUUAUACUUCAUCAACUAUUGGUUAAUUGUGAAGUCAUGUUGUUCGGAUAUGAAUCAUGGAAAAAUGUCUUCUCCCUGGCACAACCAAUGGCUUAUAUGGUAAUGGCAACUAGAAGUGAACUUCAAAUUUUUUUAAAGGAAAUCACAAAUGGCGUGGUGCCUAAAGGCUUCAUUAGAAAUUGAAGCCAGUGACUUUGAUAUCUUAUGCUUGUCAUAUCUUUUGAAAGGCGAGGUCACUCAACUUUUGUUUCGUUUGUAAUCUGUAAUUUGUUUUCUUGAAAAACUUUAUGCUGAUUUCUAAGCCCAUGUCUGACUUUUU